CCGCCUGGUGUUACAUACGUAUAUCUGUUAACGUUCUGUAAUGUAAAUUUUAUAUUAAUUUAUCUACCCGUUGUUAUUGAAGUUGAACUUCCAAAUAUGUUAAUUAGGACAUUUCAGCACAAUAGGAAUGGCAAAAGAACACAUGCAUCAUCAUAUAACUGUAUCACUGUACGGUGCAGUAAUAAAUAAAUGAUAAUGGCGCACACCAGUAGGAACUUGAAUGAGGCAUUCAAAGACACGAGAGUAAGACAGAAUCGGCAAUAUGAAAUUACAGAGGAUAAGAGUGUGGCACAGACUGGCCUAGAUAUAUUAUAUACGUCUCAAGUGGACCACAACAUAACUGAUGAAAAUGUAGAGAAGAAGAUGUCGUUGUUGAGACAUCUACUGGAGAAGGAUCAGAAAGCUGCCGAUUUCAAGUGGUCUCUUUUCGUGGCGGCAUCCAACACUUAUCGCUAUGAUACUUGUUUGAAGCCGUUCCCACCUAUGUACAUUAAGAACGAGUGCAAGGACAUCGAAGCAUUGAGGAGAGCCAUAGAAUCAGUUCCUCCUUUAUCCGUGAUAUAUAAAGAACUCGGCGAAGCUGGCGCAUAUGAGAACCAUGGCGAGGUGAUAGAGUUAUUGUACUGGGUAUUGCUACGAUUGAAGGAUCCACAUAUCAAGAGUGUACAGAAAGAAUGCUACGAUGGGGUACUGAAAAAAAUACCUCUGGAGAUGCCGGCUGCAGCACCGAAUCUUAUAUUCCAAGUAGAGAGUACAAAACAGUCUACGGCGGAAGAGAAGUGGAAAUCGAGCAAGAAGGGUCACUCGACAUUUUACGCUUACCAUGGAACUCGUCUGGAAAAUUUCCAUUCUAUCGUGCAUUAUGGUUUACAGCAGAUCAUGUGCAAGAGAUCGGAAUUUGGCAAGGGAAUAUAUCUCUCGAGCGAAUUAGGGGUGAGUUUGCCCUACAGUCCGGUGGGUUAUGGAUGGGGAGGUAGCGUUCUCGGGAGCGAGAUAAGUUGCAUAGCACUUUGCGAGCUGAUCGAUCAUCCCGAUAUCAAAAGAGGGGACUCGAGCAACAACGCGCAAAACAUGUUAGAUGAUUCCGUAGGUGGCAGAAUACCAAACAAAUAUUACGUGGUGAUAAACAGCGAUCUGGUGAAAGUACGUUAUCUACUUGUUUACGCUCAAGAUGUCAAAACAACCAGCGUUAAUGAUAACUCGGGAUUGCUGACAUGGUUCAAGCAACACAAGUUGCUGACAUUCAUCGCAGUGAACCAGGAGAAUGUCAAAAACAUCAAGUCUUCCGCGGCGAUUUUACCAGCAAAAACAAACAGACCGGUGUUACGUGAGAUAAGCAACAAAGUUAACACGAUAAGGGGUAUAGAGCCCAUAGACAGGAUCAGUUUGUUGCAAAAGGACAAGAAGGCGGCAGUGACGGUGCAGAAGCGGCAACUUGUGAAACCGAAGGAGAAAGUAUCAGAGAAACCACCGGUCCAAGUUGUGAAGCCAGUCGUCAAGACGGUAGCUCCCAGUGAGGCCAAUAUACCCACUGAAGAACCUGCAUCGAUAAACACUCCUGAUAAGAGUUCCGAUAAGAAGAUAGAAGAAACACCCAAGGCGUUCUCUUCGGACUUGAUUCACGAAGAUAUUGACGAACAGGAUGAGAAGAACCCCAUCCUGGUUGCUCUUUACACCAACGAGAUACACGAAUAUUUAAGAGAGUUGGAGAGCAAGUAUCCUGUUAAGAAGGGAUUUCUAAUGGCCCAAGAAAUUAGUUCUAAAAUGAGAAGCGUACUGGUAGACUGGUUGGUCGAGGUGCACCAACAGUUUCGGCUGAUGCAAGAAACAUUGUAUCUCACGGUCGCAAUAAUCGACCGCUUCUUACAGGCUUAUCGAACGAUAGACAGGAAGAGAUUGCAGCUGGUAGGUGUGACAGCAAUGUUCAUCGCUAGCAAAUACGAGGAAAUGUAUUCCCCGGAUAUCAGCGACUUUGUAUAUAUAACGGAUCAAGCGUAUACGAAGUCAGACAUAUUGCAGAUGGAAAUGCUGAUCGUGAAGACCCUGAAUUUCUCGUUCGGCCGGCCGCUGCCGCUGCAUUUCCUCCGGAGAUACAGCAAAGCCGGGAAAGCACUCCCUGUACACCACACGAUGGCGAAAUAUUUCCUGGAGCAAUGCUUGAUCCACUACAAUGUAUGUCACUAUCCACCUAGUCUCAUCGCUGCAGCAGCAAUAUACCUAGCGUUCAUAAUCAUCGGUAAUGAUGAGGAAGACGAGGGCAAAGUUAUCUGGACAAAUACGUUAGCACAUUACAGCACUUAUUCUAAGGACGAUGUGUUACCUGCCGUACACGAUAUAGCUGUCAUAAUAACUAACGCGGAAACGAGUAAAUAUCAAGCUGUGAGGAAGAAGUACGUCCAGUCGAAAUACAUGGAGAUCAGCGUUCGGCCAGAGCUCAAGUCACCGACCCUUCUAGCCAUUGCGCAAGCGGGCAAUGAGACAUAAUGCCGUCAUGUAACGCUCUUUCGUGACAUUAAGAUGUUGAGGUAUUUUUUUCAAUAAGGUAUUUGUCCGUUGAAUGUCGUGUGAAUGAGUGCGAUUGUGAGAGUGUCGGUGUGGUAUACACGAGAGGCUGCAUCCUUGCGAAAAUUACGAUGAAGUAAACUUUAUCACGAAUUAAUGAAUGUCGUGUCGAUCGGACAUUCGAUGCACGAAUUACUUAUUGAAGAGUACAAUCUCGCGUUUAUUAAGCUAGUAAACCAGACUAGAACGAGGACGUAUUUAGAGAUUAUAUACAGAGGUUUGUUAGUAUAAACAUUAAAGAAAUUUAGUCAGGUAAUACUGAUGGACUUUAUUUUGGACU